AGCUUUAAUUCAAAAAAAAGAGUAUAAGUAGCUUCACUUACAAAGUUAAUGACAUGUUAUGUGGCAAUUUAAUUAAUAAAAGAUUUAAAAAUCAAUAUUAAAUAGAUAAUGUAUGUUAGUUAUGAUGUAAAUAUUUUAACAUUUAAGGCUGUUUAAAUCUCAGGAACUUCAGCAUUUUUACGUCCCUAUGAUAAAAUAACAUUAUAUGAUUUACUUCAUGGAUUAAUGUUACCAUCUGGAAAUGAUGCUGCAAAUGUAAUCGCUGAAAAUUUAUCAUCAUUUCUUAAAGAUCCUGUUUCUAAUAUUGCUUUAUAAUACAGAAUUUAACCUUUUAUUUAAUUAAUGAAUUAAUAUGCACUUUUACUUGAAAUGAAUGAUACUUAAUUUUAUAAUCCUCAUGGUAAAUUCAUAAUAUAUUAUUCAUAGGAUUAUCAAAUGAUCAAUCAUAUUCAUGUGCUGAAGAUUUAGCUAUCCUAUGUAAAAAGAUUAUUAAUGAUCCAAUGUUAAUGGAAAUUGUUAAUAAAAAAGAAUAUUAAACAACUCUUUAGAGAAAUGUAAUUUUAUUAUAUUUCUAUUAGAAUAAACUUAUAAAUUUGACUUGGAAGAAUACUAAUAGAAUGUUAGAAUUCGAAGGAUAUUGUGGAUUUAAAACUGGAUUUACUGAUAAGGCUGGUCCAUGUCUUGCAACUUUAUAUAAAAAAGAUUCAAUUUGUCUGAUAAUUAUUAUAUUGAAUUGUUUAUCUAAAGAAGUUAGGUAUCAAUAUAUUUUAUUAUAUAUAAAGAUGGGAUGAUACUAUAAAGUUAUCAAAUUGGGGUUAAAGAAAACUUAAUGUAAUUUGA